UCCAUCCAUUUCUGAAAAUUACAGCAAAAGCAAAUGAUGUAUAUUCCCUUUAAUGUGCUUCAUUUGUAGGUUAAAGGUCCAUCCUAUCGCACCAAGCCCAACAGUGAAGAUGGCAUCUAAUGUUACAGUGCAAUCAGUGUUGGAGAAGAUUAGUGUGGAUCAUCUGGAAUGCUCCAUCUGCACCAACCGUUUCAGGCAGCCCAAACUGCUGGACUGUUUGCAUACUUUUUGCCUGCAAUGCCUCCAAGAGCUCAGACAGAGCCAAGAUCCUAGUGGUACAAAGCUGACAUGUCCUCUGUGCAGACGUGAAACCAUGUUGAAAGGGUCUGGGGUUGCUGAUCUCCCUAAUAACUUUGCAUUCAGUGCCCUGGUGGAGGAAGUUACAAUGCAGGAAAAGCUACUGAAAGGUCAAGGGUCAGAGAUCAAAUGUCAAGCCUGUGAUGAGGAGAAUCAAGCUAUUUCAAGAUGCAUAGACUGUGAUCAUUUCCUGUGUCAAGAAUGUCAAAAGGCUCAUAAACGUAUGACUGUCAUGAAAUCUCAUAAAAUCUACACACUGGCUCAACUUCGAUCAGGAGAGAUUGUCUACAAGAGUAAACUAAGAGAAGAAGUUCCCAAAUGUGGCAAGCAUCCAGAUCAGAAUCUCAAUGUCUACUGUAAUACAUGUGAGGAAGUCAUAUGUCUCAUGUGUACUGUUCUAGAUCAUGAAAAACCCAAACACUCUUUUAUUGGCUUACCUGAGGCCUAUGAGAAAUGUAAGAAAAAAGUAGAAGAACUUGUUGCAAAGAUUGGUAAAAGCAAAACCAAACUGAACAAAACCAUAGAUAAGACAUGCCAAUCUCGCAAGAAACUCAACAAAAUGUUUGCAAACAUCAAAAAGAAAAUCUCAGAAAAAGCUGAGAGAGAGGUUGCCAAGAUCCGACAGGAGGAGCAGAAAUUGUUAGAAGAGACAGAUAGGAUUUACCAAGAGAGAAUCACACCAUUUGAAGCUGCUGAAGCUACCAACAGGAAAGAGGUGUCACAGACAGAGCACAAGCUGGAGGAGGUGAAACAACUCAUGAAUCAAGCAAGUUGCUAUGAGAUUCUUGGACUUCAACAGAAGCUCUUGCAUAACCUCAGUGAAUUGACAGGGAAACAGCCACAGCAAGUUCCUGAC